GCCACUUUGGGGAACAGAAAAGCCCGAAGCCGGUUCCCAGCCGCGGCCGGGAUUUGUAUUGAAGUCUCUUGCGGGGAGGGUCGCGGCCUGGAUAUCUGCGGGUUCUGCCUCCACCUACCGGGUGGCAGAGCUGGGACCUCGCCGUGCUGCACCCACCUGCUCCGGUAACGUUUCUCUCCUCUUAUCACUCCAGCACAGGGCAGAGCCCAGAGGACUUGCCUGCACCAGAGUUCCAGAGAGAGGGAGGACAUGGGGUAGGAUCCCGAGAGAGCAGAACAGAUGCAUCCUUUGGCAGCUGAUUGCGCCCUGCACUAGAGAGAAGCCCAGGGAUGAUAUAUUUGGGGAUUAUAGUUCUCCACCCUGGAAUCCGUCCAGUUCAUUCGAGAAACACUGACCUUCUGCUUUUGUGACACACCCUCACUGGAGGUCUGAUGGACAGACACUUUCUCUUGACCUUGCAGCUGUUUUCUUUCAUGUGGAAGUUGGAAGACAAGGUGAAACUGGCCAGAAGUUACCUGUCUUGGUGAAUAGGAGUGCUCCUCUUGGUUCUCAGAACAUGGGCCCUCGUUUAAAGCUGCAGCUGUGAUCCUCGGCUGUCUGUUGGCAUUGAAGGGACCUGAUGUUUUACGUUAUUGGUGGCAUCACAGUGUCUGUGGUUGCGUUCUUCUUCACAAUUAAGUUCCUGUUUGAGCUCGCCGCACGUGUAGUCAGCUUCCUCCAGAAUGAGGAUCGUGAACGCCGAGGGGACCGGACUAUUUAUGACUACGUGCGGGGAAAUUACCUGGAUCCCCGGUCUUGCAAAGUCUCCUGGGAUUGGAAGGACCCCUAUGAGGUGGGCCACAGCAUGGCCUUCCGAGUGCAUUUAUUCUAUAAGAAUGGGCAGCCCUUCCCUGCACAUCGGCCUGUAGGACUAAGAGUUCACAUCUCCCAUGUUGAGCUAGCGGUGGAAAUUCCAGUGACCCAGGAAGUCCUCCAGGAGCCCAGUUCCAACGUGGUCAAGGUGGCCUUCACUGUGCGCAGGGCUGGGCGAUAUGAAAUCUCAGUGAAGCUUGGUGGAUUAAAUGUGGCCUACAGUCCCUACUAUAAGAUUUUUCAACCUGGAAUGGUGGUUCCUUCCAAGACCAAAAUCGUGUGCCAUUUUUCUACUCUUGUGUUAACCUGUGGGCAGCCACACACUCUUCAAAUAGUGCCCCGAGAUGAGUAUGACAACCCUACGAACAAUUCCACGUCCUUGAGAGAUGAGCACAAUUACAGUCUGUCCAUUCAUGAGCUCGGGCCUCAGGAAGAAGAGAGUGCUGGUGUCUCAUUUGAGAGGUCAGUGACCUCCAACCGGCAGACCUGCCAGGUGUUCUUGCGGCUCACCCUGCACUCCCGAGGCUGCUUCCAUGCCUGUAUUUCAUACCAAAAUCAGCCCAUCAAUAAUGGCGAAUUUGACAUUAUCGUCCUAAGUGAGAAUGAGAGGAAUAUUGUCGAACGCAAUGUGUCCACCUCAGGAGUGAGCAUUUACUUCGAGGCUUAUCUGUAUAAUGCUGCCAACUGUGCCAGCACGCCGUGGCACCUCCCGCCCAUGCACAUGAGCUCUGGCCAGCGCCGGCCCUCCACGGCUCUGGAGGAGGAAGAUGAAGAUUCACCCUCUGAGUGUCACACCCCUGAGAAGGUGAAGAAGCCGAAGAAGGUGUACUGCUAUGUGUCACCAAAGCAAUUCUCAGUGAAGGAGUUCUCUAAAAUCAUUCCCUGGCGCCUUUAUACCUUCCGAGUGUGCCCAGGAACAAAAUUUUCAUACCUUGGCCCUGACCCUGUGCAUAAGCUCCUCACGUUGGUGGUGGAUGAUGGCAUUCAACCUCCCGUGGAGCUCAGCUGUAAGGAAAGGAACAUCCUAGCGGCCACGUUCAUCCGCUCACUCCAUAAGAACAUAGGAGGCUCUGAGACCUUUCAGGACAAGGUGAACUUUUUCCAGCGAGAGCUUCGGCAGGUGCACAUGAAAAGACCACAUUCCAAAGUCACCCUGAAGGUCAGCAGACAUGCUCUGUUGGAAUCGUCUCUGAAAGCCACUCGGAAUUUCUCCAUCUCAGAUUGGAGUAAGAACUUUGAAGUGGUUUUUCAGGAUGAAGAAGCUCUGGACUGGGGAGGGCCUCGCCGGGAGUGGUUUGAGCUAAUCUGCAAAGCACUCUUUGACACCACCAAUCAGCUCUUCACCCGAUUCAGUGACACCAACCAAGCAUUAGUGCAUCCCAACCCUAAUCGCCCGGCUCACCUGCGCCUCAAGGUGUAUGAAUUUGCAGGGCGGCUGGUGGGCAAGUGUCUCUAUGAAUCCUCUCUGGGAGGCGCUUACAAGCAGUUGGUCCGCGCUCGCUUUACCCGUUCUUUCUUGGCCCAAAUCAUAGGACUGCGUAUGCACUACAAGUACUUUGAAACCGAUGACCCAGAAUUCUACAAGUCUAAAGUUUGUUUCAUCCUCAACAAUGACAUGAGUGAGAUGGAGCUGGUCUUUGCAGAAGAGAAAUACAACAAAUCUGGCCAAUUGGAUAAGGUUGUAGAACUUAUGACAGGUGGAGCUCAAACCCCAGUCACCAACGCAAAUAAAAUCUUCUAUUUAAAUCUGCUGGCCCAGUAUCGGCUGGCCAGUCAAGUGAAAGAGGAGGUGGAACAUUUCCUAAAAGGCCUGAAUGAAUUGGUCCCUGAGAACCUUUUGGCUAUUUUUGAUGAGAAUGAGCUAGAGCUGCUGAUGUGUGGGACUGGGGACAUCAGUGUGUCAGACUUCAAAGCCCAUGCAGUGGUCGUUGGUGGCUCAUGGCAUUUCAGAGAAAAAGUCAUGAGGUGGUUUUGGACGGUGGUUUCCAGUUUGACGCAAGAGGAGUUGGCUCGGCUGCUCCAGUUCACGACAGGCUCCUCCCAGCUCCCACCCGGAGGCUUUGCUGCCCUCUGUCCCUCGUUUCAGAUCAUCGCCGCCCCAACCCACAGCACACUACCAACAGCACACACGUGUUUCAACCAGCUGUGCCUCCCUACGUAUGACUCAUAUGAAGAGGUGCACAGGAUGCUGCAGCUGGCCAUCAGCGAGGGCUGCGAGGGCUUUGGCAUGCUCUGACCACUCUCCUGCCAUCCGCUUGGCUCCCGUGCUUUCUGGAGCAUCCAGGUGCACAUAACAGACCUAACCACUGGCCCUCACACACACAUAACCAUCAGCCAGAAGCUGCUGCAUGCUCCCCAGUGUCUGGAGUGUUUGGUCACCUACAAGCCUUGUCCUUCCCUCGCCCCCUCCCUUCCCAUCUCCCCCACCGGCCACUUUGGCAGGUACGUAAUCGGAACUACCCGCUCAGUCAGAGAGGAGGCCAUGCUGCAGUAAUCGCACCUGCUUCUUAGGAGAUCUCAGUAACGGGAGCCGCCUCGGUAGCUGAGCGAGAUCACACCAAGGGCUUGGCUUUCUUGUUGAGCGGGUGUCCUCGCCUUGCGCAGCCUCCUCUGCUGAUGCUCCUUGGAGGUCCCCUCUGUGGCCCUCCCUACUUGACCUGAGGUCCGUGAGUCCUCAUCGCAGGCGGGUGAUUGCCUCUUCCCGCCAGGAGAAGCACAGAUAGGAAGCGGCCCACAGGAGCAGGCUUCAGUCUCGUCCCCCGGCUUGACCGGAAGCCCCAGCUAUGGCACUGGCCUGCCUCUGAUGGUGACCAAUAGCACAAAAGGAUCCUUUUCUGUGACGUCUAGAACUGGAAAAGGAGCUUUCCUUGCACGUGUUUCUGGAAAUGAUCAUUAAUCCAUCAAGAGGACCUCUCUAAUAAGCUUUUCCUCGAGUGGGAGCCAGUGAGACAAACAGACAGACCUAAGAAUGUGAAAGGUAGCCGGGCCGUUGCCUCCAGUGCUGAAUGAGAUUCUCCUUUGGGGUUCUGGGGCGUGUCUGGGCAGGCGGCUGGCUUGAAGACUACUGACGCUUGUCCCUGACUUGGUUCUUUACACUGACGGGUGGCUGGGCCUAGCCACUUCCUUCCAGGUUACACAGUCUGCUAGGAGCUGGGGAUUCUUUAGGUUUCUACCGAAGAAAAUUUUGGAGCAAGAGACGGGGACAGAGCAAUAGCACGCCGCUGAUCCCUAGUUCUCUGUGCUUGCUGUUCUUCAGCAGCACUAGGGCAAGCGACAAGGAAUCGGUCAUUGAAUACUUGUCACAGGUCCUUAGGAUCAGGACACGGGGACCACACAGGCAGGAGAUAUGUCAGACCAUAAACACUUAGCUGUUCCAGUUACUUCCGGUCACUCCAUCGGUUACCAGCAAGGGAUUUAAGGAGGAAGGAAGAUAUAUUGGGUGCAUCGUUAUGUGAUGAUCGAAGAGAACCUGCAGCUGCUUGUUGGAAGAUGACAACCACCUUUUUCAUUCCAAUGUGAAUGAAAACAUUUUCAAGCCUCAAAAUCUCAUCAGUUUUCCAAAUUUCUAAGAAGGCUUUGCUACAAGCUACCAUGCCCAACGAGGCAUUCAACUCAGAAUAUUACAAGCCAUCUUUAUUGCCAAAACCAGCAAGUACAAAGAGUCCAGAGAUGAGGCGGGACUUGUGGCAGUGCCUUGGCCUCCUGGAAGCACGUCUGAGCCCUCCUGUUCCCAGGGAUCUCGAGGAACAAGCACUCCUGAGCUGCUACAGUUCCUGCCUGACCUCACUCCUUCGCAGUUGUCAUUUGUCCUUCUUGGCAUGGGUGCUGACCUCACUCACCCUUGGGGUCUGGGAUCCAGCAUCAGGGCCUCUAUACCCCAGGGUCCUCCAUGCCACACAUGGUCACUGCUCUCCUCAGGGACCAGGACAAGGUGCUGCCGCCUGCCCCGGUGGUUUCCCAUGGGAUAUGUACAGACAGGUUUCAUCAUCCCCCCUGGGAAACAAUGGUGCCCCUCAGGCCCGGAGAGGGGUUUCCAGCUGGGGGCGUGUGGGCUGCUGCUGCUGUCUUUGGCCGUUGUUCCUCUUCUGGAUUCUGCAUUCUCCCCUCCAGAGACUGAUGCUGGAGCUUGAAUUGAUUUCCUUGGCUAGAUCUGUCAUUUUAGGUUCUAGUCAUAGCACUUUUCAGAGCAUCCUGGGUACCACUGCAGCACAGCUGCAUCCUGUGGUGGUCGUUAGCCCCGGGGUCUUUGUUUCGCAAAAUCCUUUGGUACUGUUGUGGUUUUCUAUUCUUCCCGUUUACUCUCUUUCUCCUAACUCUGUUCAAAAGUAUCUUAGCUCUUUUGGCCUUUCCUUUGACCUUUUUCCCUAAUCCUGCUUUGGAAUGAGCCAGUACGGGGAAAGGCACACCAUGUCGGAGAGAAGGAAGAGUGUCUGUUGCUUCUUGAGGGUUUUCUAUUUACCUUUCUUAUGUUGGCCAGUUCUUUUAUUUAUGCCCUUGUGGCCCAGGUACUUGGGGCGGGGGGCGCAGCUAACCUCCUGGCUUUUCAGUGUCUUUGAAGGAGACCAGGCACCAAGUGAACACCAUGGAGAACGUCGGUGUGUUUCUAGAACUUCAGCGGAGACCAAGCCCUGCUGCAAAUUUGUCAGGCCAGGCAAAAGGGCCAGACAGUUGCAGCGAUAGUGUAAAUAUUUUGUACAGUAAAUAAAUGAAUGUUUAAAAGGA